UUCACGUCUCAAGGUGUAUGGGCUUUACGGUUUUUCCGUGGAUCACGUGAAGGCAGCACUCACUCUGCACCGUGCAGGGGGAUGCUUAUUUGCUUGCAGCUGUAGCGGAACAAACAGAAAAACAAUAUGUGGGAAGAGGACAGCUGAAUCCUUACAGAGAGAGUGAAUGAUCAUGGCCAGCCGGGGGAGAUACGGUCCUCACGGCCGCUCAGGAGACCCCGCUGAUGGCCUUAAAACAGCGCAAAUCUCCCGCCGGGAAGAACCAUGCGGAGAGAGCGAGGACACGGCGGAGUCGCUGCGGGAGCUGCCGCGCUGGAUGCGGCUUUACUUCUACGGGAUGCACGGCGUGACUCUGGAUAUCAUGCUCUCGUCAUUACAACGAGUUUUACAAUUUAGGGACCCCAAACUGGUGGGUUUUUCCUCUCCUUAUCUCUGCAUUAUGCAUUCACUGACCCACUAUGCGUUGGAAAAGAUCUACUCUCAAAAGAGGUGCUUCCGAGGUCGGCCUGUAGUGUUCCAUCUGGUUUUCUACCCGUCUGUGUACAUCGGGCUGCAGAUCCUGAUCGGGAAUAUUAAUACUUUCACUGAGCAGGUGAAGAUGGUGUCAGGGACCGAGCUUGCAGUGCAUUACAUCCUGAGUCUUUAUUUCAGCCAGGUUUUUCACAGGGGGCUGUCAAAGCUGCAGUAUCACCCAGCUUCCUCCUGCCCCGCCGGUCCCCCCGGGAAGCCGGUCCCGGAGGAGAGCGCACAUGCUCGGCUGCCUCUUCACGGUCUCCCCGGCUUCGUGCGAUUCUUGUUCUUCGGGAUGCACGGCUUCUUAGACGAGGUGAUCUUCACUGCGGUUUUCAACCUGGUGGAGAAGUCUGACCGUACCCUCAGCGGACACACAUCCCUGUGGUCCUUCCUCAUGUACGGGAGCUGCAGCUUCGUGGUGGAGAAGCUCUACCUCCACCUGCACUUCAGCAGAGGGUGGGGGACAGCCAGGAGGCUCCCCAUCUACAUCUGCUUCAUCUACACCUGGGAGUUCUGCUGGGGGCUGGCCUUGAGGCAGUUUGACGCCUGUUCCUGGGACUACUCCCAUUUCCCGUACAACUUCAUGGGACUCAUCACCCUCCUGUACCUGCCGGGCUGGGUGUGCCUCAGCCUGUACCAGGACGUCCUGUCCAAUGUGCUGCUGAGGAUCAAGUGCAGCAAACCCGUGAACGAAAUCAGUGAAGAGAAUGGAGAAGUCAACGGGAAGCUGGAGAAAAAACAACUCUAACUUAUAUUUUUGAAGGUUCAACUUCUAUUUGAUAUCUAAAAAAAAUGUCAUUUUCACUUUUAAAAUUAACAACAUUUAUGAUAUUCUGUAAGAAGGGCAGGACUGAUUAUGUGGGACCAUGUGUGGCAUGGCAACUAAAAUCCCAGGUACUAAAAAUGUAUCUAGCUCCACAUAUCAGCUACAUUUCCACAUGUCAAAGUAUUUAUUUCUUUGAUUUGUUGGAAAAUUAGAAUAAAGAAAACAACACUUGGUGCAAUUCAUAUUUUUCAAGAAGUUUAAACUAUAGUCUGGAGUCUUUGCAGUUGUUACCAGUACCGCAUUUGAGACAUUUUCCAGGGAACCGUUGAGUGUCUGAUUUUUCUAGGUAACUUACUAACCCCAACUUAUUUAUCUAACCUGUUUAAAUUCUAUUUAAAAACUGCCAUUUUGAAGUCUUUGAUGUGAAAUAUAGUUCAUAUCUUAAUAUUUUAAUAAUCCUCAUUAUCUUUGCAGUGUGAUGAUUUAUUUAUUUUUAAUGAUUGCGACUGAAGACCUCAUAUAACUUAAACAUUCAAGUCUUUGUGGCAGAUGUAGUUAAUGUUUCAUUGAUUGCAUCAUUUACAUUUGCACUUGCAUGCUUCUGAUAUAGACUAGUUUACAUCUGCAUGAUGAUACGUUUAAAUAACACAACACAUUGAAUACUCUGUUUUAAAAGCUUUAAGCUGUGUUCAGAAAUAGACACCUAUUAGUUCAACCUUUUAAAAUGAGUAUGUUAAGGGAAAGAAGAAAGCGGGUGGAACCGAUCUUCUUUCAUGCAAGCAGUUUCUAAAUGCCCUUAACUUCUUUUUCUUCAAUUCAAAUUUUUUAAAUUGUAAUCUUCCUAUUAUUAAUACGACCCCAGUGCUAUGCAUGGUAACUAUCUGAGUAGAUGAACCCAGUACUAAAUGUAGCAAGAGAACCUAUAGCUGUAAGAAAACACAAAGCAGAGUGAGAUUUUACUGUGAAUACUUCAUGAACCAAACUUUACUGGAGUGCCUUACUGUGAAAACAGUCAAACAGACACACAAGGCUCUUUGUUGUUUAAAGCACAGCAGUGUUUUACAAAUCUUUAUUAUUAGAAGAAUAUAUGUUGAAAUGAAAGGAUUGUCACUUAAAGGAAGAAUGUGCAACAUUUUACAGCAGAAAUUAAGUAUAUCCAUAUAUCUAACGAUCUCUUAGAUCCAUGACUGUGUUGAUGUCGGAGCCAUGUUUACAUCGUGUUUACAUUUACGGGACAGCUGGUUCCUCCCCUUGUGUAUAAAAUCUGUUUUAGUCAAAGACAAGGGAAAAGAAAAAUAACAUACUCGCUGCUUAUUUGAAUGUCACCUAGGUGUUUUUAGAUCAGUCAUUCUGUGUUCAUUUUACAUGCAAUGUGGGGUUAUGUCUUGCACCCCAUGUACAGAGGCUACAUGGGUUGCACAACAGUCGUCAUCGCAUCAUCCGUUGGUUCGAAUUUGACCUCAGCCGUUUACUACAUGUCAUCCCCCAUUCUCUCCUACCAACAUUUCCUGUCUCCAAAUAGCAACCUCCACCAUCAGUGUGUGAAUGGAUAUGAGUGAGUAGGUGUGACAUGAUGUGUAAAAGCGCUUUGAGUAGUCAGAACCACUUACCAUUUACAACAGUGCAGGCCACAGGCCACUGCAGCUCGAGUCAAGGACAAUUUUGCCCACUGUUAGGGGAUAAUGGUGCUCAGUUAUGGUGCGUUCCAUUUGAUUACUCCUUGGUGCGAACCCGAUUGGAGGGGGGUUGGAGGUGUGCCGCUGGAGGAGAGCGGAGGCUGCAGUAUGGCGGAGGUGUCGCCAAACAGCAGUUUGUUUUGGUUUCAUGCUGGUGCUCAAGGGCGAUGUCUGUACUGGAUCAAAAAGUUGCACAUUCUUCCUUUAAGCUGAUCAAAUUCACAACUUUUUAUUUACAUUUAACACAAACAAAGUGCUUUAAAUAACUUUUAAAAAAUCCAUCUGUCAAACUCAGAUCAAUCCAUCAGUUUGAUUUAUAUAUACUCAGCUUCAGACCUGACACAUUGUACUUUCAUUUGGUGUAACUUGUGACAUGUACAGGCUCCUAUACUGUGCAGUUCAAAUCAAAUCAAAGUCAAACAGCUCUGAACUUCUGGUUAUUGUGUUGCUAUGGUCUUGUCAAGUCAAAGUGACUUUUGAAGUACUUACACUGAGCAAGUGUAUUUCAUGCCUUGCAGUGCACUGUGUGACAAGCAGACGAGUGCUGACAGAGAAACCUGUGUCAAAGCAAACAUUGUGGAUGGUUGCUAAUAAUGUACACACACACAUAUGGAAAAUCCAGAGGGAAUGACUACAAGAUAAACUACAACCGCAUAUUCUGAAUCCAAAAUUAGCUUUGCAACGGCCUUCUGCCUUAAUAAAUAUCCUAUCUAAGUACCUUACACUGUGACUAAUGGUGGUAAAUCUCUGAAAGCGCACUCUAUACGAGUCCCUUUGUUAUGUUACUCACAUGAUUGGUGGAUAACUAUUUCACUCCAACACUCUAGAGUCAAUCUGGUCAUUUCUGAAGCUGCCCUUUAACAAUUCUCCAAAAAUUGUGAAAUCUGAAUAUUUGCAUGAAUCUAUUGAAUUAAGGAAAAAGUCAGAUUUUAUGAAUGUACAUGUAAUCAUUGAAUGCCCAUUCAUGCUUUGGGAGGGACAGGAAAACAAAUAUUCAGUUAUUGAAUUGGUUCCAAUUAUUCACAUGAGAAUGAGAAACCAGAUUUAUUUUCCUGUUCAUGUAUACUUUUGCAAUCAAUAAAGCCUUGAAGAAAA